ACCAGCAAAAAGAUGAACUCAAGCCGCAGAUAUCAACUGAAGAGCUUAAUGCUUCAGAUUGCCCAGGACAGGCUCAAGCAGGAGGAGAUUGACCGUGUGACUGAGAGGGACAACUACAUGGAGGAGCACUGCCCUACUCUGUGUCUUCCAAGUGACGUGCAGGAGCUCCAGGACUUAUGCAAAAAGCUUCAUCAGGCCAUUGACAAGAUUGAUGACGAGAGAUAUGACCUGGAGUCUAAGAUGACCAAAGGAAUUACAGAGCUUGAAGACCUGAAGUUUAAGGUAGUAGAAAUGAAGGGUAUGAAGAAGCCAGCUCUGAGAAAAGUACGCAUGUCUGCUGAUCAGAUGCUUCAGGCUCUGCUGGGCUCCAAGCACAAGGUCACCAUGGACCUGAGAUCCAACCUGAAGCAGGUGAAGAAGGAGGUCAAGGAGGAGCCUGCAGUCGCUGCUGGUGACUGGCGUAAGAAUGUUGAGGACAAGGCUGGCAUGGGUGGCAGGAUGAAGAUGUUUGAGGGCGCUGAGGCCUAAAUUGUCUUUUUUUUUGAAAGAACAUGUACACACACGUCUUUUGAGCUUGUCUCAUCACACCGUUGGAGUUUGUGGACUGCUUCAACUUUCAUUGUCCUCUCACUGCAUAACUGACCAUAACACAUUCAUAGCGGACCCUAAUCUUACAAUAAAUGUCUCAGAAAGUGA